AUGGGCUGCACCAAAGUGAUCAACCUGCUCAUGCUCACAGGCGCCAAUGUCAAUGUGUCCAACCACCAUGGAAACACACCCAUGGGAGGCAGCAAUUUCAUGCUUCUGACCAAGUCCCAGAAGAGAGCAUGCAGCUUCCAGUCCAUGGCCCAGGCCAAGGCCAAGGUCAACUUCUCAUGGUAG